CCCCGCAGGCCGCCCGCCGCGCCGCCAUGGGGGUAGAGGGCUGCACCAAAUGCAUCAAGUACCUGCUCUUCGUCUUCAAUUUCGUCUUCUGGCUGGCCGGAGGUGUGAUCCUUGGUGUGGCCUUGUGGCUCCGUCAUGACCCGCAGACUACCAACCUCCUGUACCUGGAGCUCGAGGACCGGCCUGCACCCAACACCUUCUAUGUGGGCAUCUACAUCCUCAUCGCCGUGGGCGCCGUGAUGAUGUUUGUGGGCUUCCUGGGCUGUUACGGGGCCAUCCAGGAGUCGCAGUGCCUGCUGGGAACGUUCUUCACCUGCUUGGUGAUCCUGUUUGCCUGUGAAGUGGCUGCUGGCAUCUGGGGCUUUGUCAACAAAGAUCAGAUCGCCAAGGACGUGAAGCAGUUCUACGACCAGGCCCUGCAGCAGGCCGUACUGGAUGAUGACGCCAACAGCGCCAAGGCCGUGGUGAAAACCUUUCACGAGACGCUGAACUGCUGUGGGUCCAAUGCACUGUCCACGCUGGCCACCUCGCUGGCCAAGAACAGCCUGUGUCCCACGGGCAGCAGCGUCCUCACCAACCUCUUCAAGGAGGACUGCCACCAGAAGAUCGACGACCUCUUCUCGGGAAAGCUGUACCUGAUUGGCAUCGCCGCCAUCGUGGUUGCUGUGAUCAUGAUUUUCGAGAUGAUCCUGAGCAUGGUUUUGUGCUGCGGCAUCCGGAACAGCUCGGUGUACUAAGGCCCGCGGC